AUGGUGCUCAAUCACGCUCAGUUGCAAUCUCCUGCUCUUGUCAAAAACCAAAGCUUUCGCAAUGUUGCAACAUAUUCUCGGUGGGGAUCUCUGGUUGAAAAUAUGAGAUUCAGCCUGUGUCCCGAGGCUGGCCGAUUGUUUUAUGUCAAUCUUCGUCAUGGUCCUGGGAGUGAUCCUUCCUUCUUUACCACACUGGUGGUUGACUAUGAGAUCAAGGUCAGUCCUGAUUUGCUGGUGUCCGUACUUGAUCUUCCUCACUCUGGUCAUCAAGCGGGUACAAAUAGAGACUUCUAUAACUUAGGAUUUUGCUUCGACGAGGUUCUCGAAUCUCUAGCUUAUGAUAUUUGGCGUUGGUUUCCAUCCCAAAUCUCAGCUGGGCGGCUGCCGGAUAAUCUUAAGCACAUGAUAAAGUCUGGUAUUGAAUACUAUGGUGGUCCGCUGCCCUUUGGUCCUCAAAUCACUCAACUCCUAUAUCGCUUAGAGGGAGUGAGCAACCCCGAAUUAGCCACUUCUCUUGUCAAUGCAGCUGUUGCAGCAUUUAAGCAGGAAGCUAGCUCUAGGAGUGGAUCGAAAAGGAAGAUCAUGCUGGAGAAAGAUUUGAUGCUACCAAAAUUUGUUUAUGAGUCUAAUCAGAUCAGUGAUCCAAUUAGCCCGGACUCAGAUUUUGGUGACGAGGACAAUAUCUCAAGCUAUGCGUCGCCACCUAGCUAUCCCUUCUAA